UCCCCGUCCCGACCCUACGGGAUGGAGGAGAACAUUAGGAAUAUGCGGCGACGGCUGUCGCCGGCCAGCCUUCUCACCGACGACCUCGUCUUGCACAUCCUCUCCCGGGUACCGUACAUCUCGCUCUGCCGCUUCAAGUGCGUGUCCAAAUCAUGGCUCGCCCUCUGCUCCGAUCCCGAGAUCCGCAAAAAGUCGCCCCAGACCCUGUCCGGCUUCUUCUACCGCAGCAUAACCACAUGGUCGCGUCACUGUGAGUUUCUUAGCCAAUUCACCAAUGUGUCGGGAAGAGGACAGCCUAUGGUCGACCCCUCUCUUUCCUUCAUGCCCAGCUAUUAUAAGAUCCUACUCAUCGACUCCUCCAAUGGUCUUCUGCUCUGCCGCUGCGCCACCUCGUUUCCGAAGCCUGAAUAUUUCUAUGUCGUGUGUAAUCCUGCGACUGAGAACUGGAUCCGGUUGCCGGAGGCAGAGAAGAUGGCACGAAGCCCCAUCGUGCGUUUGGCUUUCGACCCAGCUGCGUCGUCUCACUUCAGAGUAUUUCUGCUCGUCAGUCACCGGCCUGGUCUGAACACUGACGUCGCUGGAGUAGAAGUCUACUCAUCCAAAACUGGAGCCUGGACUUACCGGCAGAGCGGGUGGGGUCGCGAUUGUAGAGUGGACAGUGCUUCCAGAAGCGUGCUCUAUAACGGAAUCAUGCAUUUCGCUACCGUUGCUUCUUCGGUAGUCACGGUGGACAUGGAGCUGAACAGAUGGGGGGAAAUACCUGCACCUCAGGAAACAGGUUCCAGCUGUUUGAUCGGGCUGUCACAGGGGCACCUGUAUUUGGUGCAGUUACAUAACAGUGAAGACCGCCAUCUAUCGGUUUGGGCUCUCGAGGAUUACCAUACCCAACACUGGAUCCUAAAGCAUUCUGUCUGCACAACACCGCUGCCUGAAUGGCGUCACGUCCAUUUUUCUGGAUACAGAGAGGUGAUUGCAAUCCAUCCUGAACGGCAUCUGAUUUUCUUUCAUGCGGGGUGGCGUGGGAAUAGUGAUUGUAUUGUGUCAUACGAUAUGGAUAGCGGGGCAGUGAAAGCUAUCUGCGCUCCUGGACCCUCCUGUGCUUUUACAUACAUACCAUAUGUUCCCUGCUUCUCAAAGUGGUUGUCUGAUGAAAACUAAAGGCUUUCACACUUGAUACAUGACAUUAUUAUCUAUGUUCAAGGAGUAAGACCGUCCAGUUUAUGGCCAUAGCGGUGCCAUGGAUAUAUGUCCUAAGUCUACAUUAGU